AUGUCCUCCGCUCGCCAUGCCCCCUCCACCGCCCAUUCCAUGCCCCAGCAGGCCGCAUACCGCGCCCCAGCCCCUGUUGCCGUGUCCAAUGCUCCGCCGGGUACCUUUGCGCCGGGCACCAAAGUCCAAGUCGGCGGCCACCGCGUUACCAUUGAGAGGUAUCUCUCCGAGGGUGGCUUCGCACACGUCUACCUGGUCCGCGUACCCAAGGCCGAUGAGCGCACCCCAGAGAUUGCCGUCCUGAAGCGCGUGGCCUGCGCAGACAAGGAGGCGCUGGCCAACAUGCGGACAGAAGUAGAGACGAUGAAGAAGCUAAAGGGGCACCACAAGAUUGUCACCUACUUCGACUCGCAUGCCUCCCAACUGAAGGGUGAGGGCUACGAAGUCUUCCUCCUCAUGGAGUUUUGUUCGGGCGGAGGCCUGAUCGACUUUAUGAACACCCGGCUGCAACACCGACUCACCGAACCCGAGAUUCUGCACAUCUUCUCUGAUGUUGCCGAGGGUGUUGCGACGAUGCACUACCUCAAGCCGCCGCUGCUGCACCGAGAUCUCAAGGUGGAGAACGUCCUGAUCACAAGCGUCGGAGCCAACAAGAUAUACAAGCUGUGUGACUUUGGAUCCACUGCACCGCCAAGGCCUGCUGCCACCACAGCCGCCGAGGGACGGCUGAUCGAGGACGACGUACAACGGCACACCACCCUGCAAUACCGAAGCCCCGAGAUGAUCGACGUCUAUCGAAAACAGCCAAUAGACGAGAAGAGUGAUAUUUGGGCAUUGGGUGUGCUGCUGUACAAGCUCUGUUAUUACACGACACCCUUCGAGGAGGUGGGGCAGAUGGCUAUCUUGAAUGCGAGCUUCAAAUAUCCGCACUACCCCCACUUCUCGGACAGGAUAAAGAAGCUGAUAGGCUGGAUGUUGCGAGAAAGCCCACAGCAACGGCCCAACAUCUACCAGGUAGUCGCUGAGACGUGUGCUAUGCGGAACAGAGCGUGUCCGAUCAAAGACAUAUACUCUGAACGUACACAGUCUGAGGCGCGACGAAAUCAACAGCUACCACCAACAGAACCUCAAGUAUCCUCCCCACCGCCAGUGAUAGGCAUCCAGAAAGUUGCACCUAUGCAAAAAGUACAACACAUCCCGGACAUUACACCAAUGAGGAGAGGUAGGCCUACUGCACCGGCCCAGCAACCACCGGCAGCAAAGCCGAGCCCAUCUCCGAUGCGAGGCACAGCUUCAGACCCAUUUGCCGCUCUGGACAGCCAAGAUGUCCAGGUUCGACGUGCGGCUGCAGACGAACUCGCCUCGCGUUUUCCUUCUCUGGACGAAUUUUCACUGCUCCAUGACCGCGGUCAGAAAUUCGAGUUUGGUCAAUCUCCAACGUCUAGUGCACCACUGAACAAGCGUGUCACCGACGCCCUCGCUGACGAUGCUUUUGCUCUUCCCCCUGCCUCCAAGACGGACUCAGCACCCGGAACCAAACCGUCAUCCAAGGCACCGUCAACAACUGUCUCGAGAACUGCUUCCGUCAAGAAGACAAAGCCUUACGAGGCAAGCGAUAGUCCUCGCACAUCCAACUCGGCGAUUCAACAGCCGGUGCCGAAACAUAGUAAUAUGGUUUCCACUGGUGUGCAGACAUCCCCUGCACCAUCUCCUGGACCACCCGCACAAGCAUACCCGGUCGUCAAUAAGCGACCGAUAUGGAAAGUCCCACUUUCCGGUCAUCAUAACCGAACACAAAGUCAGCCACGAACUUUUGAGAAGUCACAAGGCAGUCCUUCGUUGAAGCCAUCCGAGUUUGUAUUGCCUGCAAGGCCGUCCUUGGAUUCGAGAUCGAGGUCUCACAUGUCGACUAUGAGCAUUCCCAAGUCACCUGCAUCGUCUAGGCCGUCCCUCGAAAGCCAACGCCCUUCUCAACUAGACAUUGGACACACCAUCGAUCGUUCUAGAUCCGCAAAUUCCAACGCUCGGCCAGCUAGCAUGCAUGUCGAGUCGAACCUGGACUUCCUUAGGGAGCGAGAGUCGGCACCUGGUCGAAAUUUCGAUGCGCCCUCGCUGAUACGACGCACCACAUCUAACGCAAUUGACGACUCUGACGCGGAACCAGAUGCUAGGAAUGUUAGGUCCAGUGUAGACUUCCUUCGUCGAAUCGAAGGGGACCCCAACCAGAAGCACAAACACCGCCGCAGCAGUUCCCAGUCCAAACAUGCCCGACUCAGUAGCCUGUCAUCGAUAACAAGCAACACAAAGAACAUUGUCAAAGGAAGAUUUGGAGACGCAUUCCGCCGCUUCGAGACGAACAACAAGACGCCUGAGCACGAGCGUCCAGAGCCGGUCAUGUCGCCAGUCGAACAACGUCAAGACUUCCCUUCGAGCCAUCGUGACCUCACCCCGAUUGCAGGCUCAGUCGCUUCACUGGCUCCUACCGAUGACGACCGUGGCCCGAUCGAUGAGACACAAGACUUGCCGCCCGAGGUUCGCAGAGAGCUGGAGAGGCGCAGGCUAAGCGAGGAAGAGCGACGAGUUGAGGCUGCUGCAGCCGAGUACAAGCAACGAGUCGCUUCGCAGGCACAAGGCAAGCCAAGGGCUCCCUCGAAGGCAUCGACCAUACAAAAUCGCGUCAAGAACCUCCUCGAUGAAAGUAGCAAGCCAGCCCCAGUUAAUCGCAGCGCGGCGGGAUACGGCAAGUACACAGACACUGGAAAGCCACUACCUGUCAGGCCUGAGGACCAGAGCGGCAUGCGCCCACCUCCUGUCGCGCGCAAACCCAUUACUGUUGGUGGACCACAGCAAUCUCAGGAUCUUGCAUACCCUAAGCCUUCCGGCCGAUCCAACCUGCCACCUCCUGCACCGUCCUCUUCCGCACCACCGACGAUCAGCCUGCGCGCCCCCUCCGGCCCACCACCACGUGCACCCAAGCCUAGAGCCCUGCAGACAGGCGGAUCAGCCAACCCACCGUCUGCCCAAGGCUCGCCCACCAAACCUGCUUCACUGCGGGGUGUAAAUAUCAGAGACAAGCCACUCCCAGCCAUUGCAGGCGAUGCAGCAGGGGGAGAUGAGUGGGACGUGGACGCGUUUAGUAAGCGGUACCCGAGCCUAAGCGGGUUGGAAAUGGUGGAGACGGAGAUUCCGGUCAGGAAUGUUAGGGAUGUCUGA